GGAGCAGACAGGAAGGAGGGAGGAGAGCAGCAGCAGCUGCAGACAGAGAGAGAAAAGGCGAGAGUAUGUUAGAAGAGGAGUGAGAGGUGGGAAUGUUGAGGUAGACACAGAGAUGCAGUGAAAGUCCAUCUGUCAGUGCUGCAGAUCUCCGUCCUCUCUUCAGGAUCAGUGACGUUCUGUGGAGCUGAGAUGUUCUGAGCCACAGGACGAUGAGGGAAUGAAGGCGCGAGUUCACCUUGAGCAGGAGUCCAACUGUGCCGCUCUGGACCUUUGGGAUUACCACCGGUGCUCGUUGAUCCUUCCAGAAGGAACAACCACAGAUUUGAGAAACCUGAUCGUAGACCACAGCGGCCUCUGAAGAUCCAACCUUCUGAGGGUCAAUAACAAACCCGGUACCAGACCUAAGAGAGGUUUUUGGUUUGACAGAAACUUUAAAACCCACACGGUGCCAAAACUGUGGCACAUACAGCUGAUCCUGGAGCCUCAAAGAGCCACAACCAAGCAGGUCCUUGAUUCAAGGAACCCUGGAGGCAGCCUGACCUUGGACCAGCUAUCACCAGAACCCCCGCGGACCCCAGAGGAGACGUCCACCAUGUCUCAAACCGGGGGAAGGUUCCACAACAAAAAGGCUGGCAUCCGGGCUGCUGUGAUCCUGAUUGGACUCCUUCACAAGUCCCGCAAGGCCAAGGAGAAGGAACGGGAGAAGGAACGGGAGAAGGAACGGGAGAAGGAGGAGAGCGAAGGGAAACAGGAGCAGCUGAACAUCACCAGUGUUCCUCUGGGAGAAUGUCCUCCAUCACCGCCCCGCACUGCUCCACCCAGCAUGAAGUCGGCAGAGUUCUUCGAAAUGCUGGAGAGAAUGCAGACGCCUAAAGCUGAGGAGACCAAAAAGUGGAAGGAUGAUUAUAUUCCCUAUCCACGGAUAGAAGACGUCCUGGAAAAGGGGGGUCCAUAUCCACAGGUAAUUCUGCCUCAGUUUGGGGGUUACUGGAUAGAGGAUGCAGAAGCCCCGGCCGGGACCCCCUCCUCCUCUGAGUCCAGUUUCUGUGAGGAAGAGGACAGAGAAGACGGCAUGAGCCCAGGCGGGGGCCACAGUUACCGCCUGGAGUGUAACAGCACGGCACGGGCGUACCGCAAACACUUCAUAGGCAAGGAGCACAUGAACUACUACUGCACGGGCAGCAGCAUCGGUAACCUCAUCAUGUCCUUGAAACACGAGGAGGCCGAGGGCCAGGAGUUCCUACGCAUCAUGCUCAGGUCAAGGACCAAGACAGUCCAUGACAGGGUCUCUUUAGCAGGACUGAACCAGCUGCCCACUGUGCCUCAGAUUGCAAAGCUUCUGUGUGAUGACGCCACAGGACUGAGGUUCAACCCAGUCCUUUACCCCCGGGGUUCCCAGCUGAUUGUGGCUUAUGACGAACAUGAGGUGAACAACACAUUUAAAUUUGGAGUUGUCUACCAGAAGUUUGGACAGACCUCAGAGGAAGAGUUGUUUGGAAACAAUGAAGAGACACCAGCUUUCAAAGAGUUUCUCGGUAUCCUGGGGGACAACAUUGAACUUCAGGACUUUAAAGGGUUUCGUGGCGGUCUGGAUGUCUCUCAUGGACAGACUGGUUCUGAAUCUGUCUACACCGUCUUCAGACAGAGAGAAAUCAUGUUCNUCCUGUCUACUCAGCUUCAGAGGAAGCGGCACAUAGGAAACGAUAUCGUGGCUGCGGUCUUCCAGGAGGAAGCCACGCCAUUUGUCCCAGACAUAAUCGCCUCCAAUUUCCUGCACGCGUACGUCCUGGUGCAGGUGGAAAACCCAUGUACUGAUCACACAACAUACAAGGUGUCUGUUACUGCCAGGGAAGACGUUCCUCCUUUUGGACCCCUUCUUCCGAACCCUGCCGUCUUCAAGAAGGGGCCGGAGUAUCGACACGUAAAGCUGAUCAAUGCUGAAAACGCCUGCUACAAGUCGGACAAAUUUGCCAAACUAGAGGGGCGAACACGAGCCGCCCUGCUGGACAACCUUCAUGACGAACUGCACAGGCAGAGCCAGGCCACGCUGGGCCUGGGGCAGCCGGGAGAGGAGGACAAGCUGGAGAACGGUGGACACGGGGGUCUGCUGGAAUCCUUCAAGAGAGCCAUGCGUGUCAGGAGCCACUCCAUGGAGACCAUGGUGGGGUCUCACCGUCACCGGAGCCCCGGUGUGGGUGGAGGGGUGCCAGCCAGCCUGAGUGGUGGAGGACUGCCUCAGAGCACCAGCGAAUGCACAAAGAGCACUUUCAAUCCUCCAGUAUUACCAGGAAAGUCUCCUCUGAAGAGUCCGGUCAAGCGGCGCUCAGGCCUCUUCCCUCGUCUCCACUCCAGCACAGACACACCCUCAGACAAACAAACACGCAGUGACCAAAAGCCCACUGAGACCUGCCCACUGUCCCAAGAAGUAAAGUCAGAGACAUCAUCCAACCCAAGUUCACCAGAGAUCUGCCCCAAUAAAGACAGGCCGUUUGCCAAGCUGAAGGACUGCAGCAGCAGUCGACCAAACAUCUCCCGUUCCUCAUCCAGCACCAGCAGCUUCAGCAGCACCACGGGAGAGACUGAGGUUCUGGAGGAACUGGAACCAUCUGUCCUUCAGGGGGGCCACCCGUCAAUCACUUCCUCCUCUGCCUUCAGCCCGACCCUGAGCGUGGACAGCCAGGCCUCAGGUACGCCGGUCAUCAUGUGCCGCAGUCCGACAGCUGUAGAUGGAAAAAACAAGACGUCACCCAGGUCAAACUUGAAGUUCCGCUUUGACAAAAUAAGCCACUCAUCCACAGCUUCUGAGUAG